UUUACUUUAUUUAGUGUAGAUAAAAUAAUAAUGGAAAACAGUCACGAAGUUAGGGAUCUCUUAACUAGCAAAGAAAAAUAUGAACAAUGUGUUGAUGAACUAAAAUGUGUGCAAGAGAGCAAACAAAAACCUGACACGUUGUUUCUUUAUUUUACUGCUAUUAUUGGGAUACUUCCUAUGGUAAUAAUUGGAUCAUCAAUAACAUGGACCUCCCCCGCCAUUUUAAAGCUAGAAUCCAACGAUACAACAAUAAAUCCUAUUGGAAAACCAAUAACGACAUCAGAAAUAUCUAUGCUAUUAGGGACGCCUAUGUUCGUAUCCUUAAUUACAUGUAGCAUCAUACAAAUGGCAGCAGAUCGAAUGGGCAGAAAGCUGAGUCUACAGAUUUUGUGCUUAGGCAUAGUGUUCAGUUUAAUCGGGAUAGCUUUCAGCACGAAUAUGACACUGAUUAUAGUUUGGAAUUGUCUUUACGUAACUUUUAUAGGCAAUACUACCAUGGUACUCCCCAUAUAUAUAACGGAAAUUUGUGAAAAUCACAACAGGGCUAAAUACGGCAGCCUGAUGUCGGUUUGUCUCAGUCUUGGUGAGCUGUAUUGCUUCAUUAUCGGACCAAAAUUUAAUUUUAAAAUCUUUACACUUUUGAUUGGUGUCUCUCUAAUACCAUUUCUUUUAUUUUUCCCAUUUUCACCAGAAUCUCCAGUAUACUUGCUAUCAAAAGGAAAGGAAAAAGAAUGUAUAAAUGUAUUGAAGCGAUUGAGAAAUAACAAAACCGCCAAGGAAUUAUGUAGCGACUUAAAUGACAUACAAGAGGAAGUGAAUAAAGCAAACUCAGAUAAUCAGCUAAAAAUUGUUCAAAUGUGGACUGUAAAAGAAGCAAGAAUUGGCUUAUAUUUAGCUACUCUAGUUAUUUGUACACAAUUUCUGUGUGGGGUACCUACUGUAAUGAGUCUUAUGGAACCAAUCUUUGAAGGAUCGGGAUCAAGUAUCUCCUCUAAUACAGUAGCAAUUAGUGUGGGAAUUGCUAAAACGAUUAGCUUCACGGUCAGUUCCAUGAUUGCAGAAAGAUUUGAUAGAAAGAUAAUGUUAUUAGUUUCUUCAAUCGGAACUGGAAUCUCAGUAACAAUAUUGGGCAUAUAUUUCUAUUUGACACAAAUUCAUUCCCCUUUAGUGUCCCACUUACAACUUGUUCCGAUUGUGACAGUUUUAGUUUACGUAAUGUCCUUUUCUUUAGGUCUUGGACCACUUCCAGUAGUUAUAACAACCGAACUAUUUAGAUCCGACCUUAGGGCAACUGCCUUUAUUAUUCUCCUUAACACGACAGGACUAAUAUUCAUCGGUUUUAAUUCUGCGUUUCCCUUCGCAGUUGAGAUCUUGGGGAUUCAUUGGUGUAUGUGGAUAUUUGGUUUGUUCUGUAUUCUUGGCGCUAUUCUUAUGCAGGUCUAUUUACCAGAAACGAGAGGAAAAAGUAUAGCUGAAAUUCAGUUAUCGUUGAAAAAUUAUUAGAUUUUUUCUUUGUGAUAAUCGUCUACUUACCACGGAAGCUUCACGUAUAUUCGCUAAGGUUUUCAGUCAUUUUCAGAUUAUUCGGGAAUUAUUUUCAGAGUUAACACAUGGUUGCCUUUAGUAAAGUUCUUUCUGAACCCAGCUUAUUUAAGCUGAAUAAUUAUCUAACUUCUAAAUAUAUUGCUAGAAUUAUAGUUAGAAUUUAUACAGUAAAACCUAUGUAAGACGAAAUUGGUUCGAUUGUUCUGAUCUUAAAACCAUAUUCCUGAUGGCAUGUUAUAUUGUAAUGAACUAUUUUAAAUGGGAAAUAAGCCACAAUUUUACCAAAAAAAACGAAUUUAUUAACGUUUCGACGCCCAAGUCGGGUGUCGUUGUCAAAGUACAAAAUAAUACUAAAUAAACACAAAUGUUGUUGCUUAGUAAAAAAUUCUUCUAAUAAUUUAUUUAAUCUGACUCAUUUAUAUUGGCAAUUCAGGCAUGUAUUAUACAUUUUAAAGUAGAAGACUUUAAAAUUCUAUUGCCAAUAUUGAUGAGUUGCGUUUCCUGGGACGACUUUACUAAAAGAUAGUUCAUUCGAUUACAUGAAAUCAACCCCAACUCAAGAAUAUCCGCCACAAAAAAUCAUAGCAUGUGAUCUGUCUUUAAAAAGACAACAAAUGCAACUAUGGCAGUAAAAUUCUCGCGCUAGAGAUUCCAUAGUAAAUCACGAGGGAAAACCAGAAAAAAACCUCGUGAUACUAUCCCGACAUGGUAAGUAUUUGGGCUUACAUUUAGUUUACUCUCAAAACUAAUACCAAAUUCUGACUUUAAUGUAUGUAUGCUAUUUUAAAUCAUAAAUACUAUUAAUAAUACAUAGAUAUUAUAUAAAUAAAACUAAAAUAUAAAAUAUGUACUAACUCGAUACGUUAAUGAUUUACUAAUCGUGGUAUUUUCUUUCUAUUGACUUCCUCUUUUAGUAUGGGUAUGGGUAACCACAUCCUAUUGCAUUCUACCGAGGAAUUUGCGACACAAUUGUUUUCAUUUAGCAUAAUUAGAGCCGCUUUUUGAUUUUUCUCUUUUCACUAUCUGUUUCUUUCAGGACUAUACUUGAAUCUCUCCACUGAACUCUAUGUUCAUUGUCCCAUGCCUGUUGACAUAUUUGAGAUCUAUCAAAUUCUCUAUUUUUAAUAUAAGACUGAUGUUCACUUAUUAUAACGUCUAAUGGUCUUGAUGUUUCACCUAAAUAAAAUUGUUCGCAUUCACAAGGUAUUUUAUAAACACAAUUCUUUCUUCUUUCUUGUUCAAAGAAGCGGCUCUAAUUAUGCUAAAUGAAAACAAUUGUGUCGCAAAUUCCUCGGUAGAAUGCAGUAGGAUGUGGUUACCUAUACUAAAAGAGGAAGUCAAUAGAAAGAAAAUACCACGAUUAGUAAAUCAUUAACAUAUCGAGUUAGUACAUAUUUUAUAUUUUAGUUUUAUUUAUAUAAUAUCUAUGUAUUAUUAAUAUUAUUUAUAAUUUAAAAUAGCAUACAUACAUUAAAGUCAGAAUUUGGUAUUAGUUUUGAGAGUAAACUAAAUGUAAGUCCAAAUACUUACGAUGUAGGGUUUCACGAGGUUUUUCCUGGUUUUCCCUCGUGAUUUACUAUGGAAUCUCUAGCGCGAGAAUUUUACUGCCAUAGUUGCAUUUGUUGUCUUUUUAAAGACAGAUCACAUGCUAUGAUUUUUUGUGGCGGAUAUUCUUGAGUUGGGGUUGAUUUCAUGUAAUCGAAUGAACUAUCUUUUAGUAAAGUCGUCCCAAAAAACGCAACUCAUCAAUAUUGGCAAUAUCAUUUUAAAGUCUUCUACUUUAAAAUGUAUAAUACAUGCCUGAAUUGCCGAUAUAAAUGAGUCAGAUUAAAUAAAUUAUUAAAAGAAUUUUUUACUAAGCAACAACAUUUUUGUUUAUUUAGUAUUAUUUUGUAUUUUGACAACGACACCCGACUUUAGCGUCGAAACGUUAAUAAAUUCAUUUUUUUGGUAAAAUUGUGGCUUAUUUCCCAUUUAAAAUAGUUCAUUAUAAAAAUGCCACAAGGAAAUAGCUUCAGAACAACAUUAUGUUUUAUUGUGUUCUGUAAAUCACUGUUAUUCUGCUCUUAUCAUAGCAGUUUAAAUGUUAAUAUGGAUGAUAAUUUGAUGAUGAAUAAAAAUUUUAUAUCACAACAAUAAA